UGUAUGACUGGUGUAAUGCACGCGGCAGGGUGGGCGUCCGGCCGCCGACGGUGGAGGUGCGGUGGCGCGACGUGUGCGUGGAGGCGGAAUGCCAGGUGGUCGCCGGCAAGCCACUCCCCACGCUCUGGAACUCCGCGCUCUCCAAAUUCUCGCUGCUCGCGGCCAAGCUCGGGUUCAGCCAUCACCAGUCGAAGGUCCAAAUCCUCAAAAAUGUCAGUGGAAUCAUCAAGCCGUCCAAGAUUGCUCUUCUUCUUGGACCCCCAGGGUGCGGCAAAACUACUCUCUUGAAAGCACUUGCUGGAAAGCUCAACAAAGGCCUCAAGGAAACAGGAGAAAUUGAGUACAAUGGCGUGAAGCUAGAUGAGUUUGUUCCAGCAAAGACAUCAGCUUAUGUAAGUCAGUAUGACCUUCAUGUUGCUGAUAUGACUGUGAGGGAGACGCUGGACUUCUCAGCAAGAUUUCAGGGCGUUGGCAGCAGAGCAGAAAUCAUGAAGGAAGUGAUUAAAAGGGAGAAGGAAGCUGGGAUUACCCCUGAUCCUGACAUAGAUUCAUAUAUGAAGGCAAUAUCUAUGGAAGGUCUACAAAGCAGCAUGCAAACCGACUAUAUUAUGAAGAUCAUGGGACUUGACAAAUGUGCUGAUAUAAAAGUGGGAAAUGCCAUGAGAAGAGGUAUAUCAGGUGGUGAGAUAAAGAGACUUACAACAGGGGAGAUGAUAGUAGGACCAUGUAAGGUGCUCCUAAUGGAUGAAAUAUCAACUGGGUUGGAUAGCUCCACAACCUUCCAAAUUGUUUCUUGCCUCCAACAACUGGCACAUAUCUCCGAGUAUACCAUACUGGUCUCACUCCUUCAACCAGCACCAGAGACAUAUGAUCUUUUUGAUGAUAUUAUCUUAAUGGCAGAAGGAAAAGUUGUAUAUCAUGGAUCAAAGAAUUUCAUUAUGACCUUCUUUGAGUCAUGUGGGUUCAAAUGCCCGGAAAAAAAAGGACCUGCUGACUUUCUUCAAGAGGUGUUGUCAAAAAAAGAUCAACAGCAGUACUGGAGUCGUAGCGAAGAAAGGUACAAGUUCGUUACUGUCGACCAGUUCUGUGAUAAUUUCAAAGCAUCUCAAGUUGGUCAGAGUCUAUCUGAGGACAUUUCAAAGCUAUAUGGUAAAUCAAAGGAACACAAGAAUGCCCUGUCCUGCAGUAUCUACUCAUUGUCCAAGUGGCAUCUCCUCAAGGCAUGUUUUGAUAGAGAGCUUCUUCUCAUGAAAAGGAAUGCUUCCUUCCAUGUAACAAAAGCUAUUCAGCUUGGACUACUUGCAAUUAUUACUGGGACAGUGUUUCUCCAUACAAACAUGAGUUUUGAUAUAGUUAGUGCCAACCAUUACAUGGGUUCACUCUUCUAUGCACUCAUCCUGCUGAUGGUCAAUGCAAUCCCGGAGCUGGUUAUGGCAAUUAGCAGAUUGCCCGUCUUCUACAAACAACGGGAUCACUACUUUUAUCCAGGAUGGGCUUAUGCAAUACCAUCUUUUAUACUAAAGAUUCCUUCCUCUUUAGUUGCUUCAAUAUCAUGGACAUCAAUAUCUUAUUAUCUCAUCGGAUAUACUCCAGAAGCCCCCAGAUUUUUCCGUCAGCUCCUCGUCCUCUUCCUCGUCCACACAGGAGCAUUGUCAUUGUUCCGAUGUGUUGGUUCAUACUGUCAAACAAUGGCUGUUGGUUCAGUGUCUGCGACAAUGUCACUUCUAGUCGUACUUCUAUUUGGCGGUUUCCUCAUUCCUCGGUCAUCUAUGCCUAAUUGGCUAAAAUGGGGGUUUUGGCUCUCUCCAUUGUCAUAUGCUGAGAUAGGCCUAACUGGAAAUGAAUUUUUGGCACCAAGAUGGCUAAAGAUCACAAUAUCUGGUGUAACAACUGGGAGGAGGAUAUUGAUAGAUCGAGGGCUAGACUUCUGCGGCUACUUUUACUGGAUCUCAGUUGCUUCAUUGAUUGGAUUUGUUUUGUUAUACAAUAUAGGUUUUGCCAUUGCUUUGACUAUAAAACAAUCUCCAGGGUCUUCCCACGCUAUUAUUUCUAUAGAUAAGAUAAGCAUAUGUCAUGGAAGAGACGAAGAAAAGUCAAAUGAUGUCAAGAUUGGGAUGAGAAUAACAAAAUCCUGUGCAGGGAGGAUGGCAUUACCUUUCACACCCCUUGCUAUAUCAUUUCAUGAUGUGAACUACUAUGUAGAUGCUCCUCCGGAAAUGAGGAACAAAGGUUACAUGGGAAAGAAACUACAACUGCUUCAUAACAUCACAGGGGUAUUCCAGCCUGGUGUAUUGUCAGCACUAAUGGGUGUUACCGGAGCAGGGAAAACAACCCUCCUUGAUGUUCUUGCUGGAAGGAAAACUGGGGGUGUUAUUGAAGGAGACAUGAGAAUAGGUGGUUAUCCUAAAGUUCAACAAACGUUUUCUAGGAUAUCAGGCUAUUGUGAACAGAAUGAUGUUCACUCCCCGCACAUCACAGUGGGGGAGUCUGUAGCAUAUUCAGCCUGGCUACGCCUUCCAACAGAAAUUGACACAGAAACUAGAAAUGAAUUUGUCAAUGAAGUUCUUCAAAUAAUUGAGUUAGAAGAAAUAAGAGAUGCUUUGGUUGGAAUACCUGGGGUAAAUGGUCUAUCUAGGGAACAACGAAAACGGCUUACAAUCGCAGUUGAACUUGUGUCUAACCCUUCAAUUGUAUUCAUGGAUGAGCCGACGUCAGGUUUGGAUGCAAGAGCAGCUGCCAUUGCAAUGCGGGCAGUAAAGAACGUGGCAGAGACAGGUCGAACUGUUGUGUGCACGAUUCACCAACCAAGUAUUGAAAUAUUUGAAGCAUUUGAUGAGUUAAUGCUGAUGAAAAGGGGUGGAGAGUUGAUUUAUGCUGGGCCACUUGGACAACAUUCAUGCCAGGUUAUCCAAUAUUUUCAGUCAAUACCAGGAAUACCCAAGAUCAAGCACAACUACAAUCCAUCAACAUGGAUGCUGGAAGUUUCUUCCACAUCCAUGGAAGCUCAACUUGGAGUAGAUUUUGCUCAAAUUUACAUGGAAUCAUCGAUGCACAAGGACAUGGACGAGUUGGUAAAGGGCUUCAGCAUUCCAUCUCCGGGUACAAGCGAUCUCCAUUUCCCAACACGGUUUCCACAGAAGUUUCAGGAGCAAUUCAAAGCUUGCCUCUGGAAGCAGUUCCUGUCGCAUUGGAGAACUCCUUCAUACAACUUGGUGCGAAUUGUGUUCAUGACAUUCUCUAGCAUAAUGUUCGGUGUGCUAUAUUGGCAGCAAGGCAACAUCACAAACAUAAAGGACCAACAAAGUCUGUUCACUAUCUUGGGAUGCAUGUAUGGCACCACAAUCUUCACUGGUAUUAACAACAGUCAAUCAGUGAUGCCAUUCGUCGCGGUUGAACGCUCUGUACUGUACAGGGAAAGGUUUGCUGGAAUGUACUCUCAUUGGGCCUACGCCUUUGCACAGGUCGCUAUGGAAAUUCCAUAUGUGUUGGUAAUGCUAGUGUUGUACAUGUUGAUAGCAUACCCAAUGAUAGGGUUUGCCUGGACAGCAGCGAAGUUUUUCUGGUUCUUUUACACCAUGUUCUUCACUCUGCUCUACUUCCUCUACUUUGGAAUGGUGACGGUGUCAAUCACCCCCAACAGACAAGUGGCCUCAAUAUAUGCAUCGAUGUUCUACACAACACAGCACCUCCUUUCUGGCUUCGUCGUGCCUCCUUCACAAAUACCAAAAUGUUGGAUCUGGCUGUACUACAUCUCCCCAAUGUCGUGGACGCUGAAUCUCCUCUUCACAUCACAGUUCGGAUUCGAGGACGACCACAGCAUCUUUGUCUUUGGAGAGACCAAGCCUAUUGCAGCGUUCGUGAGAGACUACUUUGGCUUUCGCCGAGAGCUGUUUCCACUGUCAGCCAUAGUGUUGGCAUCAUUCUCUGUCCUUUUUGCCGUCCUCUACGGAUACAGCAUCUCGAGGUUCAACUUCCAGAAGAGAUAGAAAGGUCAGGGGUGUAAGCAGUCAAAAUAAUACGAAUUGGAUAAUAGCUAAGGGUUUUUUACCAUCCUUAAAAAGUAUUUUAAGGUACCAAGAAUUUUAGUAUUAGUAUCUCAGGAUACAUCAGAAUACAAUGUAUCUUUAAGAUACUAUACUUUUUACACUAAAAAGUAUGGUAUCUUAAGUUACUUUUUAAGAAUGAUAAAAAAGUUCAAUAGCUAAACCUUAUUCCCAUUACCGGUUACCAUAUAGGUUGAGUCGGAUUUUCGAAUAUGAAUCGAAUUUAUGUUGGAUGUGGAUAUGACUUUGGAUCGGGUACUGCUCCAUUUCAGACGGGCUCGGGUAUCCAUGUAAUCACAUUUCAACAUUAAUAAAACUGCAUACAGCUAUUUUACCAAUGCCUUGAUUAC